AUGGAUAAGAAAACUGCUUGCGCCCAUGUCCCAGACCCGAAAAUCUUCGAUUUCACAAGCAGAGAUGCCAUCAUCUAUGCUCUCGGAGGUAUUGAUUGAAACCAUCAUAUAAUAUGAUUCAUAUUAACCUCAAUGGGUCCGUUUCAGUUGGUGCUCGAGCCAAGGAGGACUUGAGUUACGUCUAUGAGAACAACGAGAGCUUCAAAGUUCUUCCGUCGUUCAUCGUGGCUCCUGGAUUCGAGGCGAUGAUGCUCUUGGGCUGGCCGGGUAUCGAGUUCGACCUUCCGAGAGUCCUCCACGGAGAGCAGUACAUCGAGAUCUACCAUCCGAUCCCUUCCGAAGGCAAACUCAAGUCCGAAGCCCGCGUCGUCGACAUCCUUGAUAAGGGAUCUGCUGCUCUGAUCCUCUCCAACAGUAAGUGAUUUCCGUCUCUUUCUCCGAUAUUAUCAUUCUGUUCAGUCACAACCUACGAUGAAUCUGGAAAAAAGAUUGCCAUGCAGCAGUUCAGUACUUUCCAGAGCGGAGCUGGUAACUUUGGCGGAGAGCGCACUUCUACUUACGAGAUCAAGGCUCUUCCGGUGCCCGACCGUGCUCCAGAUGCGGUCAUUGAACAGAAGACGACCGUCGAUCAAGCCGCCCUCUACCGAAUGGGAUCUGGGGAUAUGAAUCCUCUUCAUGUUGACCCGGAAUUCGCCAAGAUGUCUGGGUUCAAGACUCCGAUUCUGCACGGACUGUGCACUCUCGGAUUCGCAACAAGACACGUCAUCGCAGCAUGGGCCGAUAACGAUUCGGACAGGUUCAAGGCGAUCAAAGUGGGGACACGCGACGGAUUCGGCGGUUUAUUGUCUGUUUGCAGGUUCGAUUCUCGUCUCCCGUGCUUCCUGGACAGACUUUGGUGACUGAAACGUGGAAGAAUGGCAACAGGAUCCACUUCCAAUCAAAAGUGAAGGAGACCGGUAAAGUGGUGAUUUCGAAUGGCUACGUCGACUUGCACAAGGCCUCCGAAAAGCCGACGGUUCCUUCCGAUUUGGCCUCCAAACUGUAG